GCCCUGGAAAGCCUCAGUGGUUCAUGCAAGGUCUUGGUCAGACAAGCAUGAUGACCUCAGGUCUAAAGUGCUGGAGACCUGGAAGUCCCUGCUACUGUCAGCCGGCAGCCUGACUAAGGUGGGGGUCAGUCUUUUGAAAGCCCAGGAGAUUCCAGAUGCUGAAGCCAGGGUCAUGCAGAUUGUCAAUGAUGUAUUCUUGUGCAAGUCUACGGCAACUUUGCAAGCCAGGGCGUCAGCUUUGCUUCACUAUGUCAGGUGGCGGAAUUCAGCCGGCUUAGACCCCGCUGCAUUUCCAGUGGAUGAAGAGGAUGCAUACGAGUACGUUUGUUUCCUGCGUUCCGAAGGUGCGCCAAAAUCUGAGGCCGUGAAUUUUGCAGGGGCCCUCUUGGGGUUUGAUUUUUCGCAGGUCAAAGAGUCCUCGAGAAUCCAUGAGGUUGCCAUGUCUGCAUCAUUCAAGCCUGUGUCAAAGUGCGAUCCUCUGACGGUUGCGCAAGUGCAUGCCUUAGAGGAGGCCAUCUUUAAAGCAGACCUGGAGGAAGCUUGCGUGAUUGGCUUCGUUCUCUAUGUCCUUCAUGGCAGGUUGCGUUGGUCGGAUGCCCAGUGCACUGAAGCUGAGCCAGAGAUUGACUUGAAUGAAGGGAUUGGGCUUCGGAGUGGUUGCGGCGCCGGAAACUUGCGAGUCUCAGAGCGGGCAGGGGUGUCCAAAUGUGAGGCUAGUUCGGACCUUGAGCCCCCUUCGGAGGUCUUCUCGGAAGCGCCCGAAAUGGAGGCGGCUGACGAUUUUGAAGUCAUGGCGGCUGUGGAUUCGGAGGCGCUUUUCAAAGCGAAAUGCAAGCAACUCAAGCUGCCUGAGGAAGCGGUAACCAAAAUGGCUGCCAAGGGGUGGACAACGUACGGCACCUUUGCUUUUGCCGUCCCCGGUGAUCCGGGCAAAAUCUCCAACUCAGAUUUUCGAAGCAUCGUCUGCCAACCUGUACUGGGAAGCGAGCAAGAGCACGUGCCGAAGCUGAGGAGACUCCACUUCGAAGCUUUCGCGAUCACGGCCGCGGAGCUCAAGCGCACUGCAGAGGUGCAGGAGUCUGACCAACCGCGUAAGCUGCCAGUGGUCGAGCUCGCCUUGGUCAAUCAGGCAGCGCACAUGCUGGAGGAGCAGAGGAUCAAAUACGUCGAGUGGUUUCAAUGUACUUCGCGUGCGCAGGAGGUGAAUGCUGUGAAGGAAGACUCGUCAUUGAAGCUCCUCCAAAGUUCCAAGGAAGGGGCAGUCCUCUUGCGAGAUCCCGAAUCCGGGCUGAAGGCGUCGACCGGCUCUGACCUCGAGGUCAUGCAAGCGCUGCGUCGGCGUGGGCUAGCCUAUGAUCUGGCAGCCAUCAUGUCCUUUGCGGCCCAUGAGAAGCCCAUCGACACCUUGUUUGCGGAAUACCAGCGUGACGUGAUGCCGGGCCAUCAUCCGGUGUCCUUCUCCCAGAUGCAGAUGGUGGCGAAGGCCAAGGCCAGGGGUACGGCGGCCGGUGAGGAGGAGACCAAGCCACCUGCAAAGAAGAAGCGGAAGGUUUUCUACCGCGUGCCAAAAGGCCUGUUCGGAGGCGUGGCGAAGGAUAACAAUGGGAGAGCCCUUUGUUUCGACCACAAUCUUGGUCUCGCCACCGACCAUACCUUCUUGAAUCACCCAGCCUGA